UUAAAGAUGAAGAUAACAGACUUUGAGAACAGGAGGAGUUUUAAAUCCAUAUGGCUCAACAGCCAGUUCAGAGAGGAGGAGAUCACCCUCUACCCUGACAAGCAUGGCUGUGUGCGGGACCUUUUGGAAGAAUGUAAAAAGGCAGUGGAGCUCUCUGAAAAAGGCUCUGAGAAGCUCAGGCUGUUAGAGAUAGUAAGCUAUAAAAUCAUCGGGGUUCACCAGGAGGACGAGCUGCUAGAAUGUUUAUCUCCGGCUGCCAGCCGCACCUUCAGAAUAGAGGAGAUUCCAUUGGACCAGGUGGACUUGGACAAGGACAGUGAAAUGCUGAUCCCUGUUGCUCACUUCCACAAGGAAGUCUUCGGCACCUUCGGGAUCCCUUUCUUGCUGAAGAUCAGACAGGGCGAGUCAUUUCGGGAGGUGAUGAGGAGGAUCCAGACCAUGCUGGACAUUCAGGAGAAAGAAUUUGAGAAGUUCAAGUUUGCGAUUGUGAUGAUGGGGCGGCAUCAGUACAUCACUGAAGACGAGUAUGAAGUCAACCUGAAGGACUUUGAACCACAGCCAGGUAACAUGUCCCACCCGCGCCCCUGGCUAGGGUUGGAUCAUUUCAACAAAGCUCCAAAGAGAGGUCGCUACACCUACCUGGAGAAAGCAAUCAAGAUCCACAACUAAAAGCAGCCCGCCCCUCCUUUUUGUCCUUUUCAUCCUCCUGCUCCGCCUUUCUCCCUACCUACUUUAACACACCAUACCCACAGACUGUAACCAACCGUGCGUGUGUGUGUGUUUGUGUGUGUGUGUGAGACCGAGUGGGUGGGUGGGCGUGCGUGCGUAUGUGUGUGUUCAUCACUUUUAACACCCUGCCUGGACACCGCUACAGGUCCACACCGGCACUAUGUCUUCAGCGAUUCGGUUUUUGCUGCAGCUGACGGAUUUCCCUUCAACCACAAAAUAAACUGCACCAACCACCUACUGAUUGUUGAUUUAAUUUUUUUUAAUCGUUUCCCUCCAUGUUUGAGGCUGUUCCGCUGUUGUUUUUCCUGGCUUCACUACCUGUUGACUGCCCGUUUUUUUGUUUUGUUUUUUUGCCUGUCUGGGAGUGGGAGAAAUAAAAUUGUAUUUUAAUAUUAAAUAAGCGGAGAGGAAGUAGGACACAGUAUAAAUAUAAGUAUACACACACACACGCACGUGUGCAUGUGUAUGUAUGAACUUCUAGACUAAGUUUUUGUUUCCUUCUCCCACCUCAUCACAAGGUUGUUGUUUUUUUUCUCCCUUCAGAUUCUUUUGCGGGUUGUUUUUAAAUAGGAUUGUUUGAAGAGGUGUCAUUCUGCUGUGUGGAAAGUUUGAUGAAAGGAUGUUUGAGACUAACUGACAGAAAAAGAUGGGAAAGAGCCUGAUGGUCAUUUUUGCAAAUGCAAAAUGGCGUCCAUCCCGAGACUCAGUAGUUGCCCUGAUGUGGUUCUAUUUUUUUUUUGCUCCCAUCCUUUAGUGCAACAAGACAAGUAUUCCCAAGUUUACACACAAUUGUUUCUCACUUAGUUCGGUUGGAGGAAAAAUAAAAAUUUUUUGUCUCUUUCUGCAGAUCUUGUAUAAGAAAAUAAAAAUCCACAGCAUCUGUUUAAAAAUAAAUGGGGGAAAAAUAAGGAGGAAAUUUGUGUGUAUUUCAUCUUGCACGUUGGCACUUAAUGUCAGAGGUUUCUCAGGACUGGCAAAUGUACAUUUUGUGGUUUUGAGAUGCUCAGUGACUUUAAAGGAACACAAACACGCACGCACAUUACCCCUUGACUCUCUUUUUUUUUUUUUUUUUCCCCAGGGGGUUUUAAUGUCUUUCUCAGUCAUUCCUCCUAAACACACACACACACACACACACAAGCUUCUUCAUAUUCUCUAUAGAUUGAAACUGUCGCCUCCAGGUGGUUGGGAGCAGUAACUGCGCUGUGCUUGCUAGGGAGCUGCAGACAAGUUGUGUAGAGACAAAACCAGCAUUGUAAGAAACACUUUAAGCCCUAUGAAUUUAUUUUUCUUUUGUUUCUUUUAAAGCACAGAUGGAAUGCUCCCCAAUAGCGCAUAGCUGGCUCUGUAAAGACAACAUUUAAAAAUUGUAUAUUUAAAAAUAUGAACGUGUAAAAUUUAAGAGAAACGCGCCUUUGUUGUUGGGUACAGAAGGAGCCAGGUGUUCAUAUUUCUUGUGUGUAGGGUUUUCUUUAUUAUUUUUUUUUGCGUUCCUGAUGUACCAUUGACAAUUUUCUUCUGUUACAUUUGGAUUUAUUGUUCUUUUCAAAACUAACUGCAUUGGUUUUGUCUUGUUAAAAAGUGCAGUACAAAGAUAACCUGCAGAAUCACACCUUAAUUUGAUCUUUUCCAGUUUAAAUUCCUCAGUGUAGCAGCAGUGUACGACAACUAUUCCUGUAUAUUGCCUUUUUGCUGGAAAAUGUAUGUUGAAUAAAAUUUUCUAUAAAAACAAAAA